GGUGCCAAGCCCUAUGGCGUCUCAGAUGCCACUGUCAAAUCUAUAAUGUGGUGCAUGUAUUUGUUGUUCAAGCAAUAUCCAUACGGAUAUUCUUUGCUUCAUUAAUAGAACUGCCUCAGCAGUCAUCCCCAAUAAAUGCCUUAUAAGAUAGGCGGCUAAGAUUGGGCCUUAACCUUUAAGAAUGGCAUUUUCCAGGAUUAGGAUGGCGUCCUAUCUUAUUUCUUUGGAGCUGUCCACACCAAGGACAAAAGCAGACAAGUAACGUAAGGUUAUGUCCAAUGACAAAUAGUAAAGAGUAACGCAAAUGAGAAUUUGAGUGGUCAUGUUUCUUAAUGCCUGGACAAAGAGUGAGUAGGAUAACACUCUUGUCAAAGCGAAGGGGAAGAUCUACUUCAAGAUUCAGAUUUUGAUAUUCUAUUUAUCUACCACCUAGACUAUCCAUAUCCUUUAUCUUUCUCUGCACCAGAUCUAAUACGUUAACUUACAUAAAAUAUAGCAGUUCUGAACUUCAGUUUUAGGGCAAAGGACCAUAGCUAUCUGCCUCUGCUAACACCAAAGCUAAAACUAGUAGUUAUUGAUGAAGCAUAGCACAACAUCUGCAUAUACCGACAGAAAUGAUGAUGCAAAAGGGAAUAGAACUUCAUCCAUUUAAAGAAACAAAAUUGGAAAAAUCUAUGGCAUGACCUAAUUGAACCCUUAUUAGAAUGAAAUCAGGUAAGCCAGUUGUGGAGUUCCAACAAAACUAGUUUUCUCCGGCUAUGGUGACAUGUAAGAUUUUCUGGUCACCUAUUCUUUUUUUUCUUUUUCUACCACACUUUUUGCCACCUCAUUACCUCAUAUAAGAGGACUUGAAACACCCCCCUAGUCAUCUGCAACAGAAAAUGGCUUAUGAAACGGUUGCAGCCAUGCAAGGAGAAAGUUUGCGUAAAGGGCCUUGGCAUGAAGAGGAAGAUGAGAGAUUAAUAACCUUUGUGAAGCUUUUGGGAAGCCGGAGAUGGGAUUACGUAGCUAGAGCCUCUGGUCUAAAGAGAAGCGGCAAGAGUUGCAGGUUGAGGUGGUUGAACUAUCUGCGUCCCAAUAUAAAGCAUGGCCAUAUCAGUGCUGAAGAAGAAAAGAUCAUCCUACAACUUCAUGAGCGAUGGGGCAACAAAUGGUCAAUGAUUGCGCGAAGGUUGCCAGGAAGAACUGAUAAUGAGAUCAAGAACUACUGUAGAACUCAUUUAAGAAAGAAAGCGGUAAUUCAAGAACAAGUGGAAACUUUUCAAUUUGGAAGAGACAAUGGCAAACAACUUUUCUUGUUUCAAGAAGAUGGUAGCAGUUCCCAAACUUGCAAUGGUGAAAGCUACAAGCCUUGUGUGGAUACUUUGGAUAAUGAAAAUGGUUCUUAUGAAACUGUUGAGCUGUCAGAUUUUGCUCUUACAAGUUCACCGUACCAAACCCGGUUAUCAGAUUGGAUAUCAGAGUUUCCAAGCGAUCAAAGUGAAAUAAAAUCUCAAGGAGAGUCUAAUAGUACAGAUUCAUUAUACUGUUAUCCAACAUGGGUUUCUUAUGAGGAGAAUGAUUUGUGGGGAUGUUCAGGCUCACUUUGGAAUUUGGAAUAAGAUGUCACAGUUAAAAUGUGAAUAUUAAGAGGCUUUAAGAAUGUGAAACAGAAUCAUUUUGCAUCCAUUAUUGCAUUACCCUUAAAUGAAGAUGAUUACAGUCACUCCUGCUUGAGUUCCUAAUUGAUCAUCUUCCUUGAAUAUGUUUUCUUUUUAAAGAAGAUUCCUUGUAAUGUACAAAAUGAUCUUUGUUUAUCAAUCGACAGAAAUUGUCAAAUAAAUGGAAAUGCAAAGAGAACAAUCAAGCAUUUUACA